AUGAGUGCCCCACAACCAAAGAUUGCACCGUCAAUGCUAUCGUGCGAUUUCGCAUGUAUGGCUGAUGAGGCACGUAGAAUGACGGAUGCUGGGGCUGAUUAUCUGCAUAUGGAUAUUAUGGACGGACAUUUCGUGCCAAAUAUUACCAUGGGAGCUCCCAUUAUUGGAGCUUUGAGCAAGCACAACAAAGUCUUUAUGGAUUGUCAUAUGAUGGUAUCAGAGCCAGAAAAGUGGGUGAACGAUUUCGCAAAAGCUGGUGCUGCCAUGUACUGUUUCCAUAUCGAAGCUACCAACAACCCAUCAGACCUCAUCGACAAGAUCCACGCUGCAGGAAUGAAGGCUGGCUGUGGCAUCAAACCAAAAACUGACGUAUCGGUUGUUUUCCCUCUUGCUGAUAAGCUGGAUCAGGUUCUUAUUAUGACUGUUGAACCUGGUUUCGGAGGCCAAUCAUUCAUGGAAAACUGCCUGGAAAAAGUUCGUAUAUUACGUGCCAAGUACCCACACCUGGAUAUUGAAGUCGAUGGUGGUGUAGCUGCUGGUAAUAUCGACAAGUGUACUGCUGCUGGUGCUAAUGUCAUUGUUGCCGGCACGGCUAUUUUCUCGGCUGCAUCGCCAAGUGAAACUAUAUCUAAUUUCAGGGAGUCUGUUUUGAAGAAUGUUACAUCAAAGGCAAUGAGUUCGAUAUAG